ACCACUUUCCGGGGACUGUAGACCUCUUUCAGAGAAACAUGAGUAUAACUCUUCAUCCCUUGACGGGUUUAAUUCCCAAGAUCUGAUGCGUUUCAGUUCUGUUUCUUCUUCCACAAGCAACGAUUGCGGUUUCUCCUCCAUGGAACAUGAACCUGCCAAGGAUCAUACAGGAGAUUUGGUGAAGCUUCAACUAAAACGCAGGGAGAUUAAUCAAGAAACAAAGGGAACAAGACAUUCAGUUGUUGAUCUUAAAAUCCAAGACCUCACAAGAAUUCAGACGCUUCACGCACGGGUUAAUAAAUCGAAAUAUGAGAAGGUUAAGAAGAAGAUUACAUCGGAUAUUUCUUUGGUGGGAGCUCCAAAGGCUUCUUCAACAGGGAAGCUGGUAGCAACUCUUCAGUCUGGUAUGAUGCACGGUUCUGGCGAAUAUUUCAUGGAUGUGCUUGUUGGCACACCACCAAAACACUUUUCAUUAAUUCUUGACACCGGGAGUGAUUUAAACUGGCUCCAAUGCCUGCCUUGCUACGACUGUUUCCAUCAAAACGGUGCAUUUUAUGACCCCAAAUCAUCCACUUCGUUCAAGAACAUAACAUGCAAUGACCCUAGAUGCAGCCUCAUCUCAUCACCCGAUCCUCCAGUACAGUGUGAAUCAGAUAACCAAUCAUGCCCUUAUUUCUACUGGUAUGGAGACAGGUCAAACACAACAGGAGAUUUCGCGGUUGAGACCUUCACCGUUAAUCUCAUGACCACUGAGGGAGAAAGCUCAGUGUACAAGGUGGAAAACAUGAUGUUUGGGUGUGGCCAUUGGAACCGAGGUCUCUUCAAUGGUGCUUCAGGUCUGCUUGGGUUAGGUAGAGGACCUCUUUCGUUUUCUUCUCAACUUCAUUCUCUCUACGGUCAUUCCUUUUCCUACUGUCUUGUGGAUAGAAACAGCGACACCAAUGUAAGCAGCAAGUUGAUCUUUGGAGAAGACAAGGAUUUGCUGAACCACCCAAAUCUGAAUUUCACUUCUUUUGUGAACGGGAAGGAGAACUCUGUGGAGUCAUUUUACUAUAUACAGAUCAAAUCCAUUCUAGUCGACGGUGAAGCUCUUGAUGACAUACCUGAAGAAACAUGGAACAUCUCAUCAGAUGGUGGUGGUGGAACCAUCAUUGAUUCGGGUACAACCUUAAGUUAUUUCGCAGAACCAGCAUAUGAGAUCAUCAAAAACAAGUUUGCAGAGAAAAUAAAAGAGAAGUACCCGGUGUUUGGAGAUUUCCAUAUCCUUGAUCCUUGUUUCAAUGUGUCUGGCGUAGAGGAGAACAUCAAGCUGCCUGAGCUCGGGAUUGCUUUCGCAGAUGGAGCAGUUUGGACGUUCCCCGUUGAGAACACCUUCAUCAGGUUGAGUGAGGAUAUUGUCUGUUUGGCAAUUCUAGGAACUCCCAAAUCAUCCUUUUCCAUCAUUGGAAACUACCAGCAACAAAAUUUCCAUAUACUCUAUGAUACAAAGAAGUCUAGACUAGGGUACGCACCCACAAAUUGUGCUGAUAUAUAACCUCUAAUAGAUGUAUAAA